GAGCAUGGCCAUGCGUCUUGGGAUGGUGGUCCUGGCCUUCGCUGCCCUCCUUGUCAUGGACAGGGAUGUGUCCGUGUCAGCAGGAAAGCUCGUUUUCUCGAGAAUGCCCGUCUGUGAACACAUGGCGGAGUCUCCAUCUUGUUCCCCAUCAACCAACAUGGUCUGUGGCACGAACGGGGUCACGUACGACAGUGAAUGCCACCUCUGCUUGGCCCGGAUGAAAGCCAAAGAGGACAUCCAGAUCGUGAAGGACGGCCGAUGCUGA